AUGACUUCAGAACAAAAUAAUGUGUUUAAUCAUGUCAUUAAUUGUGUUGAGGAGUCAACAGGUAAUAUUUUCUUUUUGGAUGCUCCUGGGGGCACUGGAAAAACUUUUAUUAUUAAUUUGUUGUUAGCAAAAAUCCGAUCAUCCGGUAAAAUUGCUAUAGGUGUGGCAUCAUCGGGAAUAGCAUCAACGUUAAUCCACGGUGGUAAGACUGCACAUUCAAUGUUCAAGCUACCAAUAGACUUAAACAUUACCAAUACCCCAGUUUGUAAUAUAAAAAAAAAUUCACAAUUAGCCAAAGUAUUAACCGAUUGUGUACUAAUUGUGUGGGAUGAGUGCACAAUGGCUCAUAAAUCGGGCGUAGAGGCCUUAGAUCGAACAUUACGGGAUAUUCGGUCAUCAGAUAAAACUAUGGGAGGCAUCACAUUAGUAUUUGCGGGAGAUUUUAGACAAACAUUACCGGUUGUUCCACGGGGAACACGAUCUGAUCAAAUAAAUGCGAGUCUAAAAUCAUCUACGAUUUGGUUGAAAGUAAACAAAUUGUCUCUUACUGUAAAUAUGCGAACCAAAUUAACAGGAGAUAUACACGCAGGAGAAUUUUCUACAUUACUCUUAAAUAUUAGUAGCGGAACUGUAAAUGAUAAGGAUGGGUACAUAACAAUUGUAAAAAAACUAGCAGUAUCGACAAAUUCGUUGGAACAACUGAUACAAAGUGUGUACCAAGAUAUUGGGAAUUUGAAAAAUCUGAAUAGUGAAUGGUUAUGCGAACGCGUUAUUUUAAUAACUACAAAUAACCGAGCUGACACAAUAAACUCACUAAUAGUUAGUGGAUUUCAAGCACUAGAAAUGGAUUACAUUUCUAUCGAUACAGUUAUUGAUAGUGAAGAAUCGGUACAUUUUCCUACAGAGUUCUUAAAUUCACAAACACCAUCUGGUAUGCCUCCUCAUAAAAUAUCACUGAAGGUGGGGGUUCCAAUCAUAUUAUUGAGAAAUUUGAAUUCUCCUAGAUUAUAUAACGGGACUAGGCUUCGUGUCACCUCUCUUACAAAAAAUGUAAUCGAAGCUGAAAUUUUGACCGGAUGUGCUAAGGGAGAAAAAAUAUUUUUACCGAAAAUACCAUUAUACCCCAACGAUUUUCCAGUUAAGUUUAGAAGAGUUCAGUUUCCAAUAAAAGUCUGUUUUGCAAUGACAAUAAACAAAGCUCAAGGUCAGACUUUAACUUAUUGUGGUGUAGAUUUAGAAAAUAACUGUUUCUCACACGGACAAUUGUAUGUGGCAUUUUCUAGAGUUGGAAGACCUGACCAUUUGUACGUUUAUGCACCACAAAAUAAAACUCUAAAUGUAGUAUACCAAGAGGUUUUGACUUAA